GGCGUUACCCCGGCAAUUUCAAACUAGACCACGAACUUGAUYAAGUCGGUUUGUUUAUGUUAGCUCGCUAGCAAACCAUAACUUKUAUUCUACUAAAAUAGCGAAGAAUUUAGCUAGCUACACUAAAAUAACAUGUCUCAAGUGACUAGAUUGCAAAUAGCAAUGGACACGGAAGAAAUGGUUGCCCAACUUAACAGAAAAGAAUUGCGCAAGCAGCAGUUGAUAGAGUACUUAGCAGCAAAAGGAAGACUGAAGCCACCAAACCCAAAACCUUAUCUUCGAGAUGCCGUUAAAGCAAAGCAGAUCACCAUGUCUACCGUGAAGGAUGAUUUGGACCCGGGAAAAGAGAACCAKGGUCCAAAUUCCCUCAAGAUGAAAAAGGGAACGGUGAAGGUUCAACCUCUGAUGGCCAACGCCGUUUCCCAAACCACUGGCACCUUCUGCAGUACCACCAACAAACAGAGCUCUGCCAACCGUCUCCUCUCUGCAGCAUCGAGUACCACACGUCUCAACGUGCUCAAAGGCAUGACAAAGCCUUCUGCAGUUGCCCCAAGUCACUCAACCAGCCUGAGGACGGCUCCAGCCAGAUCACAAUCCACUGUCCCUACCAAAAGAUGGCCAGGCACCACCAACCAACCCAGAACCCAGCCUAAUCCAGCUGUUAAAGUCGGCAACACACGCCCUAGCUCAGACAAACCCCUGGCAAACGCUGGUAGAACACGUUUAGCCAACACAACCAGACCAAAGCCAAAUAUUACUGGGAAACCCGCUAACACACUCCGCACAGCCAGCACGCGGCCCAACACAGCCAGCAGGCCUUGUGUCUGUCCAGGUGCAGCCUAGAAGCACCACCGUCCCUGCUCCAGCAUCAGCCUCCUUCACCCCCCUGGUCUUGAACAGAGCAUGCCCAAGCACCAGCCCAGUCCCAGCUGUGACCCAAAAGCCACCAGUUACUGCUCAGAGGAGAAGGAAUCCCUUCACUGGCGUGAGUGAGACUAACCAGAGGACAACUGCCUCGGCUGUGGACAAUGGGCAAAGGAGGAGCCAAGCUGUGAGUAGGACUGAUUCCAAACCACUCCCAGAGAGAUCCAGUAAACCAGCAGGGCAGAGACAACCUGUCACUGGACCUAAACCCAUCAUCCAAGGCCCUACUGGUCCUGGGCACAAGACUGCAGCUACGAAGCCAGGUAAUAAAAGGACAACCAAAACCUCUCCCAGAGUUUCCAUCCAAGAGGUUGAGUGUAUUCAGAGGGCUGCAUCACAGCACAGGGCUGAGGCUAGAGAAGCAGGAGCCAGCACUAGGAUAUGGAAGGCUGCCUCUCGAGCUUCCACCGGGAUAACAGGAAACCAAUGGCAGAACACGGCUCUGAGUAGGGCCAUGCAUGCAGCUGUGGCUGCGAUGGGACAGAAAAGCAGCGGCGAGGAAAACCGAGGCAUGGUGGAGAGCGGGUGGGCAGACACUGACACCAAGAAUGAGCCCAAUGCUCCAUCGCCCUCAUCAACAUCUCCGGCGUGUUGGCCUAGGCCUCACAGCAGCACAGUAAAUGGUGUGUGGAUCCCCCAGACGGUGCCUCGCUCUGCCAAAAAGUCCAGCCAUGGCCAGGAGGAGGUGGGGUGGGAGGCUGGUGUUGGCCUUAAGACACCCAGAGACCAGGCCAGGGUCGUGCCCAAGACAGAGGGCCGCAGGAAGAUGACAGCUGCCCAGGAAGAGAGAAUGCAGAAGCUCCAGGAAUGGCGUGAGAACAGGGGCAUCUCCUACAAGCGUCCCCCCAUGCCGGUGAGGCCUCCUCGGGUGCGGCGCACCWUGGCCCURCCUCAGGCUUACUGGGACGGUAUGGAGGAGGAAGUUGAGGCCAGGUCUCUGGUUGAAGCUGUGGACCGGUGCCUGGCUGACUGCAUCAAGRUGCUGAAUGAGGGCUGCCUGUCCUCCCAGGUGCAGGAGAUGCUGUCCACUGUGCCCAUGGCCGAGAAGUUCUCCAAGUACUGGAUCUGCCAGGCCCGUCUGAUGGAGCGCCAGGGCAACCUGGAGGUUCUGCCGCUGUUUGAAGAGGCUGUACGAGUGGUGUUAGAGCCAGUGGAUGAGCUGCGGACUGUUGUGUUUGAGAUGCUGAAAAAGAAGGAAGAGACACAAGGUCAGUCUACCGUAGCAUCGGAGCAGGAGCCUGUAAGAGAGCAGGAUGACGUUAUGGAGCUUCACUCUACACCAGACCCCAUGGCCACACCCACAGCCGUCAAAGCCCUGAUCCGUGGUGACCGAGGAGGCUCGUCUGUGGUCAAGUACAAGAUCACCGCCACUCCAGGUGGUUUUAGGAGCCAGAAGAGGGAGGCGGCGGUGGCCCGCGUGUUGGACGGACAGGAGCUGAGAUUCUUCACCCCCGUCAGGCGCUCAGUGAGGAUCGAGAAGUCCGCGCUCUGCUACCCCGCCUCCCUGCAGGAGCACGACCUAUGUGUGGCCUCCUUCAAUGACCUGAUGGCCCAGCAGGAUGAGAGAGAGGGGGAAGGAGAGAGGGAGGGAGACGAAGAGGGGGGAGGCAGCGCCGGGCCCGUCCCAAACGGUCAUCUGUACGUGUACAGAGAGAACGGUGCGCUGAGAGACAAGGUCAACAUCCAGCUGGUCUACGCUGAGGAAGAAGACUAAUGGGCUGUGUCCUAGUAGUGUAAAGUGGCUUCCUCUCCUGCUUUACCCUGAUCUACUAGUACAGGAAUAGGGAGGUGCUGGAUAUGGUGCCCACUCACCAUCUGGGAAUGUAGCUUACACCUGUCCAGUUGUAUGUCCUUCAGUGCAUCGCCACGUUCCUUAGUGGCGAGCUGUAGUAAAACAAACAGUUCUGAAAGACCUGGGGGAUGAGUUUGUCAAUCUAAACUUUUCUGUACAGAAUCCUGCAGGAAGAGCCUGUCUAUCCAUCUGUCUGUGUUAACAGGGGACAAUGUCUGUCUGGAGGACAUGCACAGAUGGGUUUCCAACUUGACAGUUACUCAUUUGUAUGUCAAACCAAAAGCAUCCAUUGACUUUUUAGAUGGACUUUUGUUUUUUUAAUGCAAACUGUGGUAAGUUAUUUUUAUUUUUUUAUUUUUUUAGAUUGUACAUACAGUUGA